UGUGAAGUUGGCGGCGCGCAACAAUCAAAGUGGCCGCGGGGCUGCGGGCUCGUUUUCCUCCCCCGGCGGCCGGCGGUCCAUCGCCUCCUGGAGGCCGGGCGCCGGGGCGAGUGCGGCUCCCCGCGCUUUUUUUUUCUUUCGGUCCGGAAAAUGCAGCCCGAGGUGGCCCAAAGGUGGAGGAAGGACUGCGGGCAGACGCUCCGGUCGUCUUCCCUUAGUUCUGCUCAUCCUGGGGCCGCCCGAGCCCUGUCCAAGGGAAGGGAGCCCGGAGUUAGAAUUGGACACUUGGGAUUGUGGGAUUAGUGAUAUGCUUUCCUAAAUAGCAGAAAAGUUGAAGAUGUCUAAACAUUUAGUGGCUUUGACAGUGACCACCCUUCUUGGGGUGGCUGUCGGGGGGUUUGUCCUGUGGAAAGGCAUCCAGCGUCGGAGGAGUAAAACGAACCGUGGGACCCGGGAGCAGCCGCCGCCGCCGCCGCCGCCGCCGCCUCCGCCUCCGCCUCCGCCGCAGAAAGUGCCAGGCAGGAGAGAGCUGCCCGCCCCAGAAGAGGACCAGUCGCGCUCCAGUGCCCCCAGAGCCUCCUGGGAGGAGAGGAUCCUCCAAGCAAAGGUGGUGACUGUGUCUCAGGAGGCAGAGUGGGAUCAAAUCGAGCCCUUGCUUAGGAAUGAGUUAGAGGAUUUCCCAGUCCUUGGAAUCGACUGUGAGUGGGUGAAUUUGGAAGGCAAGGCCAGUCCUCUGUCACUCCUUCAAAUGGCCUCUCCAAGUGGUUUCUGUGUCUUGGUUCGCUUGCCCAAGCUGAUCUGCGGAGGAAAAACAGUACCAAAAACGUUAUUGGACAUUUUGGCAGAUGGCACUGUUUUAAAAGUUGGAGUAGGAUGUUCGGAAGAUGCCAGCAAGCUUUUGCAGGAUUAUGGCCUUGUGGUUAAGGGAUGCCUGGACCUCCGAUACUUAGCCAUGAGGCAGAGAAACAAUUUGCUGUCUAAUGGGCUUAGCCUGAAAUCACUCGCUGAGACUGUUUUGAACUUUCCCCUUGACAAGUCCGUUCUACUUCGUUGCAGCAACUGGAAUGCUGAGAAUCUUACUGAGGACCAGGUAAUUUAUGCUGCCAGGGAUGCCCAGAUUUCAGUGGCUCUCUUUCUCCAUCUUCUUGGAUACCCUUUCUCUAGGAAUUCAACUCUAGAAGAAAAGGAUGACUGCACUGGCUGGAGAAAAGUCUUGGAGAAAUGCCAGGAUGUGGUAGAUAUCCCAUUCCGAAGUAAAGGAAUCAGCAGAUUGGGAGAAGAGGUUAAUGGGGAAUCAACAGAAUCUCAGCAGAAGCCAAGAAAUAAGAAGUCUAAGACUGAUGGAACAAUGCCAGGCAACCACCAAGCAAGAGACCCCAGAAAACAUAAAAGAAAGCCCUUGGGAGUGGGCUAUUCUGCCAGAAAAUCACCCCUCUAUGAUAACUGCUUUCUCCAUGCUCCUGAUGGACAGCCCCUCUGCACCUGUGAUCGAAGGAAGGCUCAGUGGUACCUGGACAAAGGCAUUGGAGAGCUGGUGAGUGAAGAACCUUUUGUGGUCAAGCUACAGUUCGAACCUGCGGGGAGACCCGAAUCCCCGGGGGACUACUACCUGAUGGUCAAAGAGAACCUGUGUGUAGUGUGUGGCAAGAAAGACUCAUACAUUCGGAAGAACGUGAUUCCUCACGAGUACCGGAAGCACUUCCCCAUUGAAAUGAAGGACCACAACUCCCACGAUGUGCUGCUGCUCUGCACCUCCUGCCACGCCAUCUCCAACUACUAUGACAACCACUUGAAGCAGCAGCUGGCCAGGGAGUUCCAGGCCCCCAUUGGCUCCGAGGAGGGCCUGCGCCUGCUGGAAGACCCCGAGCGCCGGCAGGUGCGUUCUGGGGCCAGGGCCCUACUCAACGCGGAGAGCCUGCCUGCUCACCGAAAGGAGGAGCUGCUGCGGGCACUCAGAGAGUUUUAUAACACAGACACGGUCACGGACGAGAUGCUUCAGGAGGCUGCCAGCCUGGAGACCAGCAGGAUUUCCAAUGAAAGCUACAUCCCUCAUGGGCUGAAGGUGGUACAGCGCCACACCCGGGGCGGGCUGCGCUCCCUCAUGCAGCUGGAGAGCCGCUGGCGCCAGCACUUCCUGGACUCCAUGCAGCCCAAGCACCUGCCCCAGCAGUGGUCGGUGGACCACAACCAUCAGAAGCUGCUCCGGAAAUACGGGGAAGACCUUCCCAUCAAGCUGUCGUGAUAGGGGCUUCCCUUCCAGGCAAGGACAGCUGGGAAGCUGGAGCCAAGGUUGAAAAGACACCUCUUCCUGUUUUAAUGCCAUUAGUUGUCAAAGCCUGGUGACACAACUCACAAUACUAACCUGUACUGAUCCCAGGGUGCUUCUGGUGGAGCAAGGCUGUUGUUUUUUAAGGGGAGCUUAUGGUUUUGAAUUUUCAUUGGGCCGGGUAAGAACUCUUAUUUUUGUGGACAAGUGGGGGCCUUGGCCUUCAUUUUACUCUCCCAUCUUCUGCUUUCUCUGCUCAGACGACAGAUGAAGGCUUCUCCCUGAAGUGUUUUUGUCAAGACUCUCAGAUUUUUAAUACUUUUCUUCCCUGUUGAUUUAUCUCAAACAGGCGCUGUCAAAUAUUUCAAUCCUGUCAAAUGAGGAGGGGAGAAAACAUUCUUCCAGAAGUUGGAGGGGUGAAAAGGGGUCAAAUUUAUUUUCCCAGGUCAAACUUACAAAUUCUUUGGCUUACUGCUCUCCUGCAACUCACCUGGUUGGGAUCCAGGCCAUCUCGGUGACUUCAGUUUAUUUCACAUGCUUGAAAAUCCUCCCCUUUCCACGUGCAGGACCAAAGGAGCAAUCUCCUGCCAGAUGCGUCUGCCCUAACGCGGGAGGGAAUCCUUUUUUGAAAAUAGGCCUUCAACCUGGGUAGGGCAGAGGGAGGCAGAAGCACUGUCUCCCAGAAAACUUGGGGGAUUGUCUCAGCUUUCCCUUGAGUGCCGUUCAUCAUCUGCUCAUUGCGGUCCUCCUGCCCUGAACCGCAAGGAUUUUUUGCUAAAUCCCAUUCUGAGAGGAAGAUGGUCUUUUCUCAGAAUCGGUAUCAGGUCCCUUCAGUGUUCUGUGUUCCAUCAGAUUUGCAAUACUGACCUCUUUUAAGUUCUUAAUUCUUUCCCAGCGUCAUUUGGUCAGGUUGCAGUGAGAGGAUUUCUCCAUCUCCCCUCAGGCCUGGGACACUGAGAUUAAUUAGUAUGUUUAGAUGUUCAAAACGGUGGUGUUUCAUCUUUCAGAAUGGGAGGCUGCCACUUUGAUCAUCGAACCGACUUGUUGGUGAUUAGUAUUUUUUUAAAGUAUUAAGAAAGCUUUCUUAACUUAGAAGAUCUUAACAAGCUUAAAAAAGAAUUUUAUGGCCAUAAUCCAACAAGAGCUCUGUUUUGGAAUUAUGCCCGAGUUGGUGAUGGUUGCUUUAACAUUGAUAAAUAAAACUUCUUUUAAGCACAAAGUUCACUAAUUAUAAAUGUAAAACUUUUUCUUCAUAACUUUAUAAAAUCAGUAGAUAUUCUUGGGGAAGGAGAUCUUUAUCCUACAGGUCCCUGCCGUGUGGCAGCCCGUGGUAUGUGUGUGUAGAUAUCCCCCACACAUAGCAUCCCACACACACAGCGCUGGCCCGUCCACAGCAGCCCACGACCUCUGUAUGGCCUGCAUUUUGUUCUGCCCCUUCAUUCCCGCUUGUCCUCAAACAGGUGUUUCUGGGAUCUAAACUAGAAAUCCUUGAAAACAAAUAGUACCAGCCACUUUGGGGACCUUAUGUUCAACGCAGCAGGUUAUUAUGGGGCACAUGUCUCCAUGACUGUACUGCACAGAGCCGGUGGUGGAGAACCACAGGAUGGAUGGUGGUCGUCGUAGUAGUCAGGCUUGCCACGAGGUGGCACUCAGAGAUCUUGUUUUAUAUUCAUUCUCACGAAAUAAGGGGCUUUUGUACAUGUUUCCUGGAAUAACUCAUGACUUAUGUUCAGUUUGUGCACACCUGAUUUUGAGUAAUUUUGAUAGCGUUAAAAGAAAAACGCCUUCCUCUGAAGCAAGAGAGUAGGGCUCUUCCUUUCUCUUUCCCUGUGAUCCUCAUUCUAAGAGGUGAGAAAUAUGUAAGAGGUUGCUUGAGGUGCUGCGGUUGCUGUGGGAAGAAGGCAUGGGUUCUCCAGCAGAGCUCCCUGCAAAGCUUAGUAACGUAGAGCCAGCAGCAAGAUAAAGGAAAAAUGUAGACUGUGGCAUAAGAAAUUUCUUGUCCUUUUCAGAAGACUUACUGUGUGGAUUUGAACCUUUUUGUUUUCUGAGUCAGCCUUGGAUUUUAGCAUCCUUUCCCUGAGACUGACAAUUACUAUCUCAAAUGACUUAUUUUAGGGUAAGCAUAUUUUAAAAUAAAAAUUUUUUUCUGAUAUAAAAAUAAUGUGUAUGCUCGUUAAAGAUGAAUCUAAAGAAAGAAUAAAAAUCCAUGUAAAACAGAGCUAAUCUUUGCUGUUAUGUUUAUGAAUAUCCCCCUUUCAGUUUUUUUAAAAUGCAUAUAAUACAUGUAAUACUUAAACAAAAUUGAGAGUCAUAUAUUCAGCUUGGUUUCCUAUUUUUUUUCCCCUCAUGUAACAUGAUAUCACAAGUAAUUUCUUGUGUCUUUAAAUUUUUAAAAGUAGAUUUCUAGUAACUUUACCUUACUUUAAUUAUCUAUUCCCACACUGUUGAAAAUUUUGGUGGUUUCAGAUACUCUGUUAAUGUCAAUGAUGGUGUGAUAAACUUCUUUGUGUUUGAACCUUUCACUGUAUCUUUGAUCAGUUCUUUACAGGAGAACCCUAGAAAUUGGAUUGCAAGGAGGGGAACGCACAUUGCUGGAGUGAGUACAAAUUGAUAACGACCUUUUAGGAGUUCCUAGCAAGGCAAUGCCUCUGUUUGACCCUUUACUCAUGUCCUUGUGCAUUUGCUGAGCUUCCAUACGAGUGGCAGUGGGAGGACAGUGACAGAGAAGGACCUCUCUGAAUGUGCCUGAUGGUUCUGUUUGCAGGCUCAGGGUCUUUUCUCUGCUUCCCUUCUGUCUCCCAUCCUUCAUUGCCUCAUUUCCCCUUGCAGUCAGUGUUUUUUGGAAAUACUGCUUAUUUUAAAAUAAAAAAUAAAAAUGUUUAAUUUUAAAAUAGAAGUUAUAGACUUCUUUUUCCUGAUAGACAAGCAGUUAGUGGUUUGCCAUCAUAGAGUAAACAAGGCACCAUAUUCAGGGAUUUAUUGCCUCUUAAGAGCGCAGCCAUAAGUCACUUAUUCUUACCCAUGUCACAGAUAGAGAUCAGAUGACAAAAUGUGUUCUGUUGAAAUAAAGCCAUUUUAAUCCCUCAUUUUAGACUCCUAGGAACCCAGCAGGCAGAACGAGCUUUGUUCAGCUUCCAAUUCUACCUGUUAGUCUGGGGCCCUAACAUUUGACUAUAAUUUAAAUCCUUUGCUACCCUUUCUCUCUGAGUUUGUCACUCAUCCAUUUAUCUUUUCUUCCUUUUUUUUUUUUAACUUAUGUCUCACCCUCAUGAGAAGUAUCAUGGUUUCUCAGCUUGCUAGUUUGUUAAUUAUUAUAUAUUUUAAAAGGAUCCUUCUUUCUGGUCUCUCAUCUUUUCUGUUGUUUACAUGAUCAUUUUUAGAGUACCUCAUCCCUCUGGAAUACAGUGAGAAUCAAUUUUUCUUGGAUGAGUUAAGCUAAAAGAGGGUGUAAGAAUUCUUACAUGGUUAACUCUUGAUCUAAGUAACAAAAUAAUACAUAAUCCUCAAAUACUUGUGUUUUGGAAUUCAGCUAUACUUUUUACAUAUUCACCCAGUAGCCCCCUCGUGCUGGAGCCUAAUACUUUUCUGCCUAUCCCUAGUCCUGGGGCAGUUUUGCAUCAGGUGACAGAGCAAGGCUGACAUGCAGCCAAACAUCCCUCUUGUUCAAAAGUACCUAUUCUCCAACCCUGCCAGGGAGAUGCUUUUGCUUGCGGCAUCGAGGUCCUUGCUUAACUGCCAACAUGUUAUUUGGGAAGAUGGGACCAUUGUUUCCUGCUAACCAGCUUUGUCUGUGGCCAUCUCUGUUGCUGGAAGAGGGUCCUGGACCAAGUGGGUAGUCAUGUGCUGGGUAAUCGAGGGCGGACUUCUGGUGCAUCGGAGCAGGGAAUGUCAAGUGAGCUAGUCCACAUGUCCUGGGCUCUUCCCUCCUCUCAUGUGGUACACACUGCCUUAAAAGGUAUUCUCUGCCCUGACUGAAUGGAGACAGUUAAUCUCAUACCCUCCAGACUGAACUCAAAAGCAUUUGCCCUCCUUGCAACCUUCUUAUUUGUUACUAAUUCUUAAAUUUUUCUCUCUUGCUAGAUGGGUAGCCUAUUGCCUUUCUGCCAGCAUAAGCUUCAAAAGCUGCUGAGUUUACAGUCAGCAUUAUUAUAAGCAUGAUGUGUGGUUCAGAUAUUCCUGAGCUGGAGAAGGUACUUAUACUCUGCUCCUGCUUCCCAAAGAUCUCCCUUCUCAGGCUGUAACAUGCAGAGGCAGUGUUGAGAUUCUGACUUCUCAGGCCACCAGGAUAUCUAUUAAGUCCUGGGUAAAAAUCAGAAAUUUGAGCUUAGUAAGCUCAUGGGGCUGAAAAGAAAUGGGAGAUCACGACACGGGGUUGUUUAAAAAAAAAGACACAGGUGGUUUUAAAGAAGGUACAUUUAUUUGAUUGGCAGGGAUGAUGGGAGUGUAGUCCAUGGAGUUAACUUUAUAUUUUGCUUUUCCCUAAACUCAGUUCUGUAGUGUGUUGGAGGAUCAGAAGAGUGGGUUGGUGACCUGAGUUCUGGUUCUGGCCAUCAGCUAUAUGUCUUGGAACCAAUCACUUAACUUUUCUGGGCUCCCCUCUGUUCCUAUAAAAUGAGGAGUUUGAAUGAGAUGUGCCGUAAGGGCCUUCCCAGUGUAGCAUUCUGUAAUAUACCCCUCCGUUUCCUUAUGUGGCCCCUGCCCUUGGAUGCUGUGUACCUUCUGCUUCCUUGAACGCCCUCAUCCCACCUCCAGCCCUAGGAGUGAGGCUGUGCGCGGCAAGAAGGGGGAUGAAGGCAGCGGGCGGCCACACCAUGUCGUCCUGGCCUCGCAGACUCCAUCUGAGCCCCGCCUGGAUCAGAGUACUCUUCUCACCAGAGGGCACUCACGUUUCUAUUCAGUUCACUAUUUAACCGUAAAGAGAGGAGAGAAAUUUUUAUCUUCACCCACAUUGCCAGUGCUGUAAGGUUUAAUAAGAGAUAAGCAUAGAGUAGAAAUGAGGCAAUUUUUCCAAGUGUUGUAGUUGGGGGGCUGUUGGGGGAGGGAGGAAGAGUGUUUCUCAUUUUAAAGAGAGGAGAAAUUAAGGUUAUACCACAGAGAGAACUGAAUAGAAUUGGAUACUUUAAAAGGAAAACAUUAAACCAGAAAGUUAAAAAUAUCCUCUAUUUUUAUGUUGUCACGACUGCUUAAGAAAAUUAGAGGGGUCCACAGUGUUAACACAUUGUUAUCCCCUCAUGAGUCUAAGCUGUGAUUAACUCACAGGGAGACGCGCGACGUCUCUGGGCCUGCUCCUGUCUAACCCGGACUUGCCUGGGACUUCAUCCUGCUUCCCUUCGCCUGGCCGCCAGCGAGACAGUCAUGCAAAGUGUAAAGUUGGUAUUUUAUCAGCUGCCGAGAGACAUUUUUCUCUCUGUGUAUCCAUUCCCUGUGACCUGGCAGAAAAUACAUUUUCCAGUCCAUCCUUAUGCUUAGUUUCAGCCCCAAAAAGGUAUAGUGUAUUUGUUUGGUUUGUUUGUUUUUUUGUAGCACGGAUUUGUACCAAGUAUGCUAAACUUGAAGCUCUUCACAAUAAUCACCUCGAUGUAGACUUGAGCCCCCCAUUUUCUACCAAACUGGGGUCAUUUUGUUUUUUGUCCCAGAUAGCCAGAAGGGAGGCAACAGUAUAUUUCUCUGUCCUCUCCUGGGUGGACCCUAACUUUAUCUAGAAUUUUGACAUCUUUCAUUAUAUCCCAUAGAGCCAGCUGGAGCCGCAGUGAGCUAGCUUCGUUUCUUUUUAAUCAGGAUCUGUACGUUUGGCCCUAGAGGUGCGGUGGGCCCUCAUGGCUUCCUCUGAGCUCUUGGAUACAAUGAGCAAGACUGAAGUUGGCUCAGAAAAGGAACAGAAGAUGACUUGGGGUUAGUGUUUCUUUUUUAAAUGUUACACAAGUGCAGAGAGUUGGCUGCCAUCCUCCUCUCAAACCAUCAGCAGAGCUUGACCUUGGCCAAGAUUUUGCCUCAUCCUCUCGGCAUUUUAGCAUAGAGCUGCGUUUCAGCCGUGGAACGCUUAACCAAAAGCACAUGCUGAGGUGGUAGUUUCCAAAGAGCAAGUUUUUGCAAAACGGCUGCAUCAUGUUUUCUCAAAACAACAGUUUUCCCUGAGCCACCAACACAGUAAACCCCAAAUGGUGAUUCUUUGGUUUAUUUGUACACAAGGGCUGGGAUUUUUGUUGCUGUUAAUAAUACUUUAUUGAAGUGCAGUACAAUGAACAUACAAUAAAGUGUACAAAGCUUAGAAGUACAGCUCAGUGAAUUUUAACAGCUGUAAACACCCACAUGAUCAUUAAAGGCUGGGGGUUUUUAUGUAACAUGCAGUAUAGAUGCUGGUGAUGUACAGCUUGGGGUUGGGAGGUUGAGCAGAUUAUUGUAAUGCAGCAAAUCCAGGUCAACGUGUGCUAAGACUUGGUGGUCUGAGCCAGGCAGUUUGCCCUGCUGUCCUGUCUGGUGGACUUGGGAACUGCAAACUUCGUGAUGUUUGUCUUUAACAAAUUACUUUUAAAAACAGGUAGUAUGUGCGCAUAGUACUAAAUUUGUUUUUAAAUGUAUAAUGAGAAAGGACUUUCCUCCACAGUCCUUUCCCUCCCUGACGGUCACCACUGUUGCUGUGAUUUGUGCAUGUGCCUCCUUCAGAGAGACAGAGACAGACAGACAGAGACAAGAGGUGAAUGCGUGUGUUUGUUUUAAAUCCCAGGUUUCUUCUUUGAUUGCUAAACAAGAACUUCUCUGCCCUUUCUUCAUACUGUAGACUGUAGUCUAGGGCAUUUGUGUGGAAAGUUGGCUCCUGUAGCCUCCGUGAGACUGAAGUCCAUUCUCUGUAUCUGUCAUUUGGUUCAAAAGUCCAUGUUUCUCAUAGGAUUGGUUGUAGGUGGAUAAUUGUUGAGGCUGUGUUUUUUAUAUUAGGCUUUCUACUUUUUAAAAAUAUAUAUUUGAAAAUUCCUGUUAAAAAGUGUCUUUCUUAAUUCAUAUUUCUUUAGCAGUACCUCCUGCAGUGCACCUAUCUGCUUAAGUUUAGUGUUGAUUUUAAAGUAAUGUUUAAUUGCAACCUAAAAGUAAACUAUAGGCGGAUCUCUAGACAGUCCCACCGCCACCAAGACAGACACUCAAAAUCCCAAAGUUACAAACAAAACCAGGAUGAUUAUUCACCUUCAAAAGCUAUCCUUUUUAAACAUAGGAUUGAUCUCAAAUUUCUUUUGAAAGGCCAACUUCUCUGGUAGGCAAAACUUGAUUUGAUUUGUACACUACGUUUUUCAAGAAUGUAAAUCUCAUGCAGUGCAGAGGACUUAUUUUUAGCCUUCAAUAAUAUUUUACACAAUUUAUGGGCUCAAGAGCCAGGGAAGGAAGAACCUCUCCUACCCACCACCUCAGCUGGGGAGAAUACAAAGCUCUCAUGGACGGCUUUCCUUGGCCACUCCCUCUAGUGCCCACCCACCUUGUUUUGUACUCCUCUGUGGCAGGUGGAUGAGAAGUCAGGCUUCUUCAGAUUAGAGCUUCCCAAAAGAUACACGGUCCAGGGAAAGGUGUUUUCCGAUUCAAGUCCCAUAUGGCCUCCCUAGGGCCAUUUUACCCUUGAUGUCUUUGCAUGCUCUCUACUCCAUCUUGCUGUAAUCCGAUCACCCAAGGCCUCUCCAGUCAUCAUUAAGUGUAUUCCCACUGGCCAGGAAGCUCCCUUUGAGCAUGGCUUUGGAGCAGCUGUCACAUUUGAGCAGCAUCUGCUCUCUGACAAGCUCAUAGGCGGAAAGAAGGAAGUCGUUGAGUCUUCCCCAGUGGAAGUGGGUAACACGAGCAACCUUUGGGACUGCGAUCAUAUGCUGUGGGCUGAGUGGCCUGGCAGCUGGCGUGUGCAGGGAGGCGGGAGGUGAUUCCCAGAUGGGGCAGCAAUCUUCAUGGUCUCAGCUCUGUCAUCCGUGCAGGGUCCUAAGGCUGGAAUGGUUCCCUAAACCUUUGGCUCCAGCUUUUUCUGGGCAGGGAGACAGAAUGAGGCAAAAUGCCUGGUGUGUUUUAAAUAGAUUCUGCUUGCUGCAGCCAAUGAGCCCAACAGCUUGGGAGGUGAGUGACCCUUCCUGAGAGAUUUCUGUUACGCCAUUCCUCAGGCCUCUGGCUCCGCAAAUGCUGACACCCCCUUCCCUCCUGCUCCUCCCCCUGACCUAACACCAUUGCUCUCUGGAUGGUUUCUCUUCAGGUCUUUCUUGUUUCUUAUACUUUGAUGGUUUUUGCUUUCUGCUUUUUCUUUCCCUGAAGCAGUUUUUUCUUCUGCUCAAUAUCUUUUCAUCUCUUGGAGUCUGUUUGUGUCCACUCUACUGAGUCCACAACCCAUCCGCUGCUCCUUGUCUGACUGUCAUGACUUCUCAAGUGUCCUCUUGCCUCCACCUUCCCGCGGGCUGCUGGGGUCAGUCCACCCUCACUUGGGCUUUGCUGCCCCUGGAAAGAAAGAAUGGAGGGUGGAGGAACCCACCUUGAGCAAUCCCAGUCUUGGGGCAGGUCGCAGCUCCAGCCUGGGAAAUGGACCAGAAAGAUGGCAGCUCGUUCUGGGCAGCGUGGCAGUGCAGGAGGGAAGCCAAUGAGGUAAGCCAAGGAGGAAGAACUGAGGGACGACAGGAGAGGUAGGGGACACAGAUGUGCAGGGCCAGCUCCUAUCGAAGGUGACCACCAGAAAUGGAGGUGGAAGAGGAAGGCCAGGUGGAAGCUGGAGGUCACGAGGGAAAGCUGAGGAGGAGCUGGCGCAGGGGAGAGAGCCAGGGCCCCGCCAGGGAUGCUGCAGCCCAGCUCUGCAGAGCCUUAAAGACCCUUUCUCCCCACUCAUCUCUGGCUCUUUUGUUCUUUUUUCUUUCAUGUUUCUGUCCUCAUGUUGUAUUAGCAGCAGAAAACAGAACAAAACAAAAGGCAGUCUGUCUCUGAAAGGGAAUGGCAAGCUCUGGAGGAUUUGAGAUUUAAAGCUGGAUGCUCUGGCCCCUUCACUGAACACUUAGGCCCCUUUGCCCGUCUGGCUGGUGGGGCCAGGAGGACCAGCCCUUUACUGGAACUCCUUGAAUGGAGUCCCUAUAACAGCCUGACAGCCCAGCUGGAGCACCAGCAGUAGUGUGCGCAAACAGCACCCCUCUGGGUGCAUAGGGCAGCCAGGGGAGCAGGGCUGUGGGCCGACCCAGCUGGAGGGGUGGAGCUGGCCUUGGGCAGGGCCUGGGUUGAGGGGCAGCUACCCACGUGUGAUGCCAGCCACGUCUUGGACUCCUUCCCCUCUAGGAACGGAACUGUAAAGAGGACUAUGGUAGAAGAAAGAGAAAGAAAAACUCUUCUCUUGCUUAAAAAGUUUUUUUAAUUGAAGAGGUAAUACCUGCAUGUGGCAAAAAUUCAAAAGGUACAAAAGAGCGUGCAGUGAAGCUGCCACUUCUGUUCACCUCGGCUUCCUCUCCGCAGAGGUCUCCUUGGAUGUACCAAUUUCUAUUACAUUCUUCCAGUUUCUCCUUUUCAGGUCUGCUGUAAUCUGGAAAAUUUCAGAUUCUCGAUGCAAUGGAACAUUUUAAAUUGUUUGGAUGUAUAUGUAUGUAUGUAACGUGCCAGGGGUCCCAAUGAUAAUAAAGAAAAUUGAAUUGG